GUAGAGAAGAAACCUGGGUAGUCUGCCUACCCCCUUAGAUGGGUUGGUAAAGCAGACGGACCCCUACCCUGGGUCUUAAAACAUGAGGGGAGGCUGUGAGGGGGGCAUUCGUGCUCUUACCUCUAAGCCGACAAUUUAAUUAUGACUGUGCUAUCAGUACCUGAUGCCGGCGUGGUAUGGGCUAAAGACCACACCACGUCCCAAGUUCUCCGUGUGCGUUCUUGGAGACCAGCAGCAUUGUGAUGAGGCCAAGGCUGCUGAAAUCCCACACAUGGACAUUGAGGCUCUUAAAAAGCUCAACAAGAACAAGAAGCUCGUCAAAAAACUGGCAAAGAAAUAUGAUGCCUUUCUGGCUUCCGAGUCCCUGAUUAAGCAGAUCCCUCGUAUCCUGGGCCCUGGCCUCAACAAGGCUGGAAAGUUCCCCUCUCUGCUCACCCACAACGAGAACCUGAACACAAAAGUGGAUGAGGUCAAAUCCACCAUCAAGUUCCAGAUGAAAAAGGUGCUGUGUCUGGCUGUGGCUGUUGGCCAUGUAAGAAUGUCUGAAGAUGAGCUGGUCUACAACAUUCAUCUGGCUGUUAACUUCCUGGUGUCUCUGCUGAAGAAGAACUGGCAGAAUGUCAGAGCUCUCUACAUCAAGAGCACCAUGGGAAAACCCCAGCGUCUCUAUUAGAGAUUCUGUCCUCUCUGUUUCUACAAUAAAUGUGGAGAAAUCCGA